UUAUCCGAGUAGGAGGGGAUAGUGUGAGGGAGGGGCAAGUAGGAGCCGACGGAGCUCAGAUUCAUAUCUGCCGGUGGUGCUGCUGGAGGCACAGCACAUUGCGAGAGCGCAACGUGCCGCGCAAGGACCUGGGACACGCAGGGCUAUCCAACGGAUUACUCUGACACACACUUCUGAACCCAGACGGAGGGAGGAGGAUACACUCAGGAGCCACACGAAGGACUUAAGCAGUCCUUGCAGCACUUGUUUGUCCCAGGAAGAGCGAACACAAACUACCUGCCUUUGAUGAAGACGCAUUCAUUCAGGAGCCAGCUGACAUCACGGCGCGCGGAGGCACGUGGACUGACAGCGAUGUGAAUGUUUGGGAGGAAUUCUGAAUGCUUUGUGUGACAGAGCUGCACCACUCAACAGGAUCAUAAUCAUCGAGACAAGCACAGAACACACCAGGAGAAAAGGACACGUGUGCAAAGGCUUGACGUGCACUGACAACAAGCGAUGGGAAGCAUCAGCGUGGACACGGACUGGGAUGGGCUAGCCCUCUCCUCCGUGGGCGCCACGGGAACCAACAACUUCUCCUCCUCUUCUCUGUUUGUCUCGGAGCUGAGCUCCCUCAACAGUUCUCACGGCGGCGAAUCGAUUUUUGGGAUCUUCUCUGAGAACGGUUCCACCACCACGCCUUACACCUCGCCCCAACCCAGGGUGAGGGACCUGGGCCUGGCUCGGGCAGAGAUCGCAGUUCUCGGGGUGGUGCUGGCUCUCACCACCCUGGGGAAUUGCCUUGUGCUGUGGGUGCUGCUCAGGAGGAGGAAGCACAAUGCACCGAUGCACGUGUUCAUGGUCAACCUGUGUGUGGCCGACCUGGUCGUGGCCGUCUUUCAGGUUCUUCCACAGCUGAUUUGGGACAUCACAGGGAGGUUUCAGGGGCCCGACAUUCUGUGCCGGACCAUCAAGUACUUGCAGAUUGUGGGCAUGUUUGCAUCCCCCUACAUGAUCGUCGCCAUGACGGUAGACCGCCACCAGGCCAUCUGCUGCCCGUUGCAGGCCUACCGCGGGGGGUCGAUGUCCCGCUGGAACACCCCUGUCAUGGUGGCCUGGGGCUUGGCGCUUGUCCUCAGCAUACCACAGGUGUUCAUAUUCUCUCGCUCAGAAGUGAGCACUGGCGAGUUUGAGUGCUGGGGUCACUUUGCGGAGCCGUGGGGGCUGAAGGCCUACAUCACCUGGAUGACCGUGGCUGUCUUCGUCAUCCCUGCCCUUAUCAUUACCAUCUGUCAGAUAAGAAUCUUCAGAGAGAUUCACAACAACAUCUACCUUAAGUCCGAGAGGGCGGUGACGGCUGAGUUAAAGAAGAAUGAGUUCUUCUUCCGCUUCCACAUCUUCAAGAAGCAGGACGAGCGGACCCGGGAGAGGGAGAAGGAGAGGGGAAGGCGAGCAUCCGGAGGGCGAGGUAGGAACGGCAGACGAGCACCGUUCCUAAAGGGUUUGAAUAACAACCCUCACAACAACGCUCACAGCAGCCAAGUCGGAGAGUGCUACGACCGUGGAUCAUCUGCCAUCCCGUGUGACAGCUGCCGCGGAGAACAUGCGACGACGACAGCGUUGCCUGCACAACAGCAGGCACUGAGCGGCCCAGAGGGCUUGUACGCGCCCUACGAGGCAGACUCCGACUCACCCCGCUGCUCGAUAGACUACACCCGCUCCCCCCCUCCAGCCUCUCCGCCCCCGAGCAUCACCAAAGCCAUGUCCAAGACGGUGAGAAUGACCCUGGUCAUUGUACUGGUCUACACUAUCUGCUGGUCGCCUUUCUUCAUCGUCCAGCUUUGGGCGGCGUGGGACCCCAACCCUGCAGGCCAAGCCGGAGUGGCCUUCACUAUCCUGAUGCUGCUGGCCAGUCUGAACUCGUGCACCAAUCCGUGGAUCUACACCGCUUUCUCCAGCAGCGUGUCCAGAGAGCUGCAGAAUCUGCUGCAGUGUCGGUCAAAGUCGGGCCGCCGAGGCUCCCUGCCUGACGACUCCACUGCCACACACACCUCCACCACCAAGGACAGCCUGUACUGACAGAGACUGAUGAGGAUCGAACACGCAAAGCCACAUGUUAUGUACUGGUACACAUGGGCCGGCUAGAAGGACGGGCCCCAGCACCACCCACAGCGUCGCAGCCUGACAAUGCGGCGCGCUGACCUCUACCAGAUGUUAUCAACAACAAGCGACAGCUGCACCGUCAACAAGCCCUUGAUCUGUAAUCAACGGUCCUCUCCGCCCAAGCAGAGAGGAAUGGUAUCAUUGAGGAUGUCAACACCCUUUUAUGAGAGCACGGUAGAGUAUACAGUGGAUGUCAGGGACAGCAUCUGCAAAGCAAAAUGGCCUUGAAAGUAAAGCUUUUUUUUUAUAACCUCACCUGCAGUUGAGCGGAAACCUCUGCAUAAAUUCAUAUGUCCUACUCCGACAGAGCAGAAGGAAUGCACAGGGUGGUUGGCUGCAUUAACAGCCUUAUGGCACGCCUAAUGUACAAAGCAGCAGACAGGUCUGUGGGUGUAGAGACAGCAAAGCAGCAGAGGGAGAGAGCUGCAUACAGACAGCAAGAGAGAGCGAGACGGAGGACAGACAGGUUACGACAUGGACGUUACAGCUGGGGCAGUCCAAAGGCUGAAGUAGGAAAUCAAAUAAUGUGAACAAACUUUGUUAUCGAUUGAAAGGCGGAUACUUGAGGCCGAAUUCACAUUUGCUCAGGGAGAAUCCAGUUGCAAGGAAAUGGAGUGAUUUGUUGGGUGGAGAUUCACCCAUUAGGGCGGUGCAGUUGGGUCAAAACGCUACACGAGGAGCAGAAAUACUAAUGCAGACAAAAACGCACUCGCACGCAAACGAUCAAAGUGACAAAGGAAACAAUAGAAUCUAAAAAGAAUGAAAAUGAACAAUCCAUGUUUGUGCAACCAACCUGGAGCCAAUUGUGUGAGUGUGCUUGUUACAAAAUGUCAUGCUGUUCUAAAUAUAUAAAACAAGAACAUGAUAAGACGCAGGAAGGAAACAAAGACCAUACCAUGUACAUUGAUGAACUAUGUAAAAUAUAUUUAUUGAAUAUGUAGGGCACAUUAGAUAUCACAUUUUGUGUAAGAUAAAUGUUGAAUGUAAAUCAUCGGUCGUAGUAGAAAACAGUGUGAUCUUACACCAAAGACUUUUUUUUAAAGCUUGACUGUAGAAUAAAUUGAAGUCUUAAAAUGAAGCAGACAUAAAGUGUAAAGAGAAACCACUGCAUGUCAGUUUAACAAAAACGUUACAUCAACAGUGAGAAUUCUUCCAGUCAAACAAAGUGCCUGUAAUGUCAGUAGCCGUUUCUAGAGGGGCCUCCCUCGCUCCGAAUGGUGAUGUCAGCCAUGUUAUUCUGAGAUGGGCUCAUUGGUUACACCAAGAGCCACGUGUUCUUUUAUCUUAUUUAUUGUUGUAUAUUUGAAAAAUACAUACAAACAGACAUACAUGUACAAUAUAUGUUUAAAUAUACUGUAUAUAUAUAUAUAUAUAUAUAUUAUUAGCUACUUGUAUUGCCUUAUUUUCAUGUACAAUUUUAUAUUACAUUUUUGUGUGCAAAGUAAUGUAUUAUGCCCCUCAACUGCAUGAAACACUUAUAAUAGUAAUGUUCGUUUUUUUUUAAAUAAAUUAUGGUUGUAUAAGCUACUACAUGUUUUAAUUUGUGUGUGUAAAAUAAGAUUAGAAUUGUCUUUGUCAAACUAUUGGUUUGCGAUUAGAUGUUCCAGGAAAUAGGUAUUUUAAAAUGCUGUUUAAUCCUUUUGAGCUGGUUAAGCGCAUCUCUUUUUUUUUUUCUUACAACAAGGCGGUGUUUCUAUCCUGCUGGACAGUACGAAGCUUUUAAGACCCAGGAGUACUCCCCUGGGUCAACAGAGGGGCUCUUUCUAAUUGAACCCUUUUCCUCCUUGCGGCGGAGGCUUUGGUGCUCUGCUCACGCUCUGUGCAUUUGUUCCCCAGAAGCAAGCGUUUUGAUUCUGCGCCAAAACAACAGGCAGCGGAAACAAUCUGCUCUGUGUAUAACUUUGUACUGUCAGGACAUCAAUUAACUUCUCCAAAACACUUGGGCAGUUCAUGUAUUUUGACCUUUGACCUUUGAAAGUCAGAGGAUGAUUCUUUCAUGAAGAAUUGGGCUUAUUUCAGAUCAAUCCAUCCUUCCAGAUUGAAGAUAUAGAGGCUAUACACACACACACACACACACACACUUAAGUUCUGCAUUAUUCUGUCAGCACAGCCAUUAGUUUAAAAGCCGCUAAAUACUAAUGCAUCAUUGCAGAAAAUUUUCCAUUAACUCAAUCUUGUUUCCUGAAGGUAGAAGAACUAUGAUACCAGCCCCCUCCCUCCUGUCAGAGCAUAUGAUAGAAGGUCCAUAGGCUAGGUCAGUGCGUUUUUAAUCCUGCAGAGUGUGUGUGUGU